AUGAUUGCUGCCUUCAUGAAGGAGCUCCGGCUGAGCGCCGCAAACAUUGAGGCCAUCGACUGGCUCACCGGCACCCUCAACAACGACAACGCUAACACCUUCCUGCAAGAACUCCCCCACCAUUCCGCCGCCUCCCCGCCCCACACACUCGCCUCCUGA